CGACUUCUUUCUUUUUCCAGGCUGAAAAUCGCGCGCUCAGAUUAAAGGAGAGUGCGACAAUGGCUCAAUACGCCGACGAUACAGGACAAGGUCCCGCCUUACCUUUGGCGCUGCAAAGCUUCGAAAGCACAGACGGGCGAGUCACCUGGAACUACUUCGACGAGUCCGCUUAUAUAUCAAACGGCGGUCUCAAGGCUGGCGAGGAUCCCUACGUUCGCAAUCGCUUUAAUCAGGAAGCGAGCGACAACCUGCCGAGCAAUAGAGAUGUUCCCGAUACCAGAAACGCGAUGUGCAAGAAAAAAGAUUACUCAAAUAAUCUUCCAUCCACUAGCGUUAUAAUUACGUUCCAUAACGAAGCCCGCUCUACGUUACUAAGGACCAUAGUUAGUGUCCUGAAUAGAAGUCCGGAGCACUUAAUCAAGGAGAUUAUUCUGGUGGACGAUUUUAGCGAUAACCCGGCGGACGGGGAAGAGUUGGCAAAAAUUCAAAAGGUUCGUGUGUUCAGAAACGAAAAGCGAGAAGGUUUGAUGAGGUCCAGGGUUAGAGGAGCUGAUGCAGCCACCGCGGAAGUACUUACAUUUUUAGAUAGCCACUGCGAGUGUAAUGCGAAUUGGCUGCAACCCUUACUGGAGCGUGUAGCAGAGGAUCCGACGAGAGUAGUUUGUCCGGUGAUUGAUGUAAUUAGUAUGGAUACGUUUCAAUAUAUAGGAGCUUCUGCGGAUUUAAGGGGCGGAUUUGAUUGGAAUUUGGUAUUUAAAUGGGAAUACUUGAGUCCCAGUGAAAGACAGAGCCGCCAACACGAUCCCACGCAGGCCAUUCGCACGCCUAUGAUCGCUGGCGGGCUAUUUGUUAUCAAUAAGAAGUAUUUUGAUAAAUUAGGAAAAUAUGAUAUGAAAAUGGAUAUAUGGGGCGGGGAAAAUCUGGAAAUUUCGUUUAGGGUGUGGCAGUGCGGGGGAAGUUUAGAAAUCAUUCCUUGCAGCAGGGUGGGACAUGUAUUCCGCAAGAGGCAUCCUUAUUCAUUUCCCGGAGGGAGUGGAAAUGUCUUUGCAAGAAACACCAGGAGAGCUGCUGAAGUCUGGAUGGAUGACUACAAAAACUAUUACUAUGGAGCUGUGCCUUUAGCGCGAAAUGUACCAUUUGGAAGCAUUCAAGAACGACUAGAUCUAAAGGAGCGUCUACAAUGCAAACCAUUCAAAUGGUACUUAAAGAACGUGUAUCCCGAAUUAACGCUACCGCACACUUCGACAAGCUACGGAUCGCUCAGGCAGGGCAUCUUCUGUCUGGACACAAUGGGUCAUCUGAUAGAUGGUACCGUCGCGCUGUAUCAGUGCCACAAUACCGGUGGUAAUCAAGAAUGGGGACUUACAGGUGGUGGUUCGAUAAAACAUCACGAUCUGUGUUUAACUUUAGACAAGUACGUGAAAGGUGUGCAAGUUAUCAUGCGAAUAUGUGAUGGUUCCGAUAGCCAAAAGUGGAAAUAUAUGGAGAGUGGUAGUUUGCUGAAACAUUCUAAACUUCCGUUAUGUUUAGAUUCGCGAUAUACAGAUAUUAAAGGUAUUACGGCGGAAAAGUGCAAUCCUAAUUUAGAAACGCAAAGAUGGCAGUUGGCCACUUGAGAAAAUGGUACUACCAGUGGUACUAAACGGAAAAGACAUAUGGUGAUAAAAAUGUAGCUUAGUUAGAUUGAACAUUUUUAUAAUUGCUAGAAUCUGUCUAAUAUUUAUGUGUUGAUGAUAUUCAAGAUAUGGUUUGCCCAAGUAGUUGGCUUGUUGAUCGAUGAAGCUACUAUGAGCUUUCAUGGUUGUUGGUGUACGUUUUCCUUAAAAUUAUUACAGGUACAUCUCAUGUCUCUAGUCAUUAAUUUCUCAAUUUUUCAUCUAUAUACACUUCGAGAAGUUUUUUUAGACAUGCAAUCAUUCCAAAUGGUUUAUAAGAAUUCCAUCCAUUAUUUUUUAAAACUGGCAUUGAUCUUAAAAAUAAUCAUUUUCUGACACCAUGCAACGCACCCAUCACAAAACAAAAACAUUGCCAAAUAAUGAAUAUUUUGGAUUAUUCUAUUUUAAUAUUCAAGAUGACACAAAAUUUAAUAAGUUUUACAUAAGCUUGUCUUUCUGUGCGACAUUUUUGACUUAGAUUAGAUUGUGAUCCUCAUUCUUUGGAUUGGAAGAGUUGUGGUAUUUGCGUGGUUGAAGUAGCAAUGUAAAGGGUUCAAAUGAUGAGACAAGUACUUAGUUGAGUAUUAUUUUCCGUAUUACGACAUAGCUUUCCAGACAGACGUCAUGUAAAUAAAAUUCAAUCUAGUCUGUAAGUCUUUACUUAUACGUUAUUUGCCGGACAGAACUGUACCUAUCAAGCAAUUUUAGCAAAUUUAAAAAUGUACAGGUUGUGAUAUGCAGGGAGCUUUAAAAUGAUGGACUGGGAGAUAUCAUUUUUAAAGACACAUGUUGCCACAUGUAAUAAUAGUAGAAAUUAGAGAAAUAGGUUGUAAUUAGGUACUGGCAACAUUGUACAUCUAAAAUCGGUAUCUUUCUAACAUUCAUUUUUAUCGCACAAUACCUGCUCAUGCUUAUUUUACUUCAGGUUUAAGAUGCUGUACCAUCACUAGAAUAAAUAAGGUCAAUAUGGACAACUUACCAGGUACUUAUUUGCAGGUGAUUACUGUAUUCACCUAUAUGGCACUAACAGCAUUUUUUUUUAUUACCUAUGUGAUCGUGCUAGACGUGUACCUUUGAUUCACACUAAAUUGAUGAUAUUUAUGACACUUUGUUUACUAAUUAUAGAGGAGCAACUAUCAAAAUCAAAUAAGCAAAGCAUCUUCUAACUUUUCUGGUAUGAUCGCCGAAUGUUACUGCGGAAAUGCGUUUUGUUUAAAGUGUCAUGACAUAUGGUGAUUAUUCAGGACUUUUCCAUCUGUUUUUGCUAGACAAUAAUGCGAGAUUAUGAAAGUAUACUUAUCAUACUUUUAUUUGGUAGUUAUAGUCAUCAAGUAGGAAUAAAUUAUGUCGAUUUAUUAAUAUAAUGUGGAUAUGUAAAUAGUAUAUAAAAAAAACUACAUACCAAUAUUGUAAGUAUGUUAAUGUUUUAUAUUAUGCUUUGUUUAUAAAAAAUUAAAUGGUUAAACCCCCUAGAGAGUUUAAUUAAAAUUUCAAUGUAAAAUGUGUUUUUGAAUGUUGCCUCCAUAACAGUUCAUCUAUGCUGAGCCAGUCUGUAUAGGUAGGAGAGUUUGAGGCAAAACGACCCCAAGAGGCAAAGUCCAGUACUUUUUAAGUUUUCUGUAUGGACACGGGAUCUAUGGCCAUCAAUAGGUAGGUAUACAGUCAUUCUUUCUGAAUAGCUAGUUAGUUGAAUGUUAUUUGUUACCAUCAGCACGCAAUCUUUGCAAAAAAUAGAAUUUGUGGUGACAUACCACUAUGGUUUGGCAACAAACCUCGCCACUGAAAGAAUAUCGCAGUAUG